AUGAAGCUUGUUUCCAUUGCUGCUUGUUUGUUUAUCAUAAGCAUUGAUGGAUUAAUUUUCAGACAGCGGAACAUUAAAAUCAACACGGACAAAUACUCGAAGACCUGUGCUGUUGUUGCUGUAGUUGCCGCUGUCACUGGUACUGUUUGUAGUACUGUCGCUGGUGUUGCUAGGGGCGUUGCUGCUGCUGUUAGAGGGGAGAUGAAUCACAUAGCCAAUGCUGUCAUUGUUAUGGCCCGGUGGUCCUAA